CAGAUGCGCAGGAGAGUCGGAGGCAGCGCGAGCCGCUAUUUGGGGCGCAGUAGCGACGCGCGCGAGCACAGCAGCUAGCAUCGAGGACAUGGGACCGUGAAAGUAUGGCGGAUGCUGUGGAGCCGGAGAAGAAAAGAAGGCGAAUAGAGGACCUGACUGAGAAAAUGGCCGUGGAUGGUGGACACAGGGACGGUGCUUGUGACUGGGAUGGCCGCUGGAACCAUGUGAAGAAGUUUUUGGAGAGACCCGGUCCAUUCACCCAUCCUGACUUCGAGCCGAGCACUGAGUCCCUACAGUUCUUGUUGGAGACAUGCAAAAUUCUUGUCAUAGGAGCAGGAGGACUUGGAUGUGAACUACUCAAAAACCUGGCCCUCUCUGGGUUUCGACUUAUUCACGUGGUUGACAUGGACACGAUUGACCUGUCUAACCUCAACAGGCAGUUCCUCUUCAGGCCCAAAGAUGUGGGGCGGCCAAAGGCAGAAGUGGCUGCUGACUUUAUCAACAGUCGUAUCCCUGGAUGUAAAGUUGUCCCUCACUUUAACAAGAUCCAGGACUUUGAUGAGUCUUUCUACAGGCAAUUCCACAUCAUCGUUUGUGGACUGGACUCCAUCAUCGCCAGACGUUGGAUGAAUGGCAUGUUGAUCUCUCUGCUGAGCUAUGAAGAUGGGGUUCUGGAUCCGAGCUCCAUCAUCCCCCUCAUUGACGGAGGGACGGAGGGCUUCAAAGGCAAUGCUCGUGUCAUUCUACCCGGCAUGACCGCAUGCAUUGACUGCACACUAGAGCUGUACCCGCCCCAGAUUAAUUUCCCCAUGUGCACCAUUGCAUCAAUGCCAAGGCUGCCAGAGCACUGCAUUGAGUAUAGCAGACUACUGCUGUGGCCCAAAGAAAAACCUUUUGGAGAAACUGCCUUAGAUGGGGACAACCCGGAGCACAUCCAGUGGGUGUUUGAGAGAGCACAAGAGCGAGCUGCAGAGUUUAACAUUACAGGAGUGACGUACAGACUCACGCAAGGAGUUGUGAAGCGGAUCAUCCCUGCUGUGGCAUCAACCAACGCUGUUAUUGCUGCUGCCUGUGCCACUGAAGUUUUUAAAAUUGCUUCAAGUGCAUAUAUUCCUUUAAAUAAUUACCUGGUCUUUAAUGAUGUGGAUGGAUUGUACACCUACACCUUUGAAGCAGAGCGAAAGGACAAUUGUUCAGCCUGCAGUCAGGUACCUCAGGAUCUCCAGUUCCCUCCCUCUGCCAAAUUACAGGAGGUCUUAGAAUAUCUGACGGAGAACUCCUCUCUACAAAUGAAAUCCCCAGCCAUCACCACAACCCUGGAAGGGAAGAAUAAGACGCUGUAUUUGCAGUCUGUCAAAUCCAUUGAAGAAAGAACGAGGCCAAACCUGUGCAAAACUUUGAAAGAGCUGGGCUUGUCAGACGGACAGGAACUAGCAGUAGCAGACGUCACCACACCCCAGACUGUUCUCUUCAAGCUCAACUUCACCACCUGAACCUCCAGCGCAGCACCACCCCGACGCCACGUCCACCUCAUGUGUGUGCAAACUGGAUCUCGCAUCACCGUCGCUGUGAUGUUACAUUAAUAUAUUUGUUGUGAUAACGUAAGCAAGAUCAAAUCAGCCUCACUUUUCUCCUCAUGUUCAGUGAGACUUGCAGGUUAAGAAUGGUCACAGUAUCGACAUGAAAAUCAGCCGAGUAACAUUUUGUAUCAAUAACACUGUUUACUCCUUUUGUCAUUGUCUUGUGUUGAUUUACAUAGUUAUUUUCCCUGUCAGUGAAACAAGAAUAAUGAUGUGCAGUAUGCUGUAAUAAAGUUUUAUGUAAAAUAUGACCAGUGUA